CAUUUAGUCCAAAACUGAAGUUCAUUUUCUCCUCCGUCUCUUACUCGACGAUAUCGCCUUCUCCGGCGAUCGGCGUUUGAAAAUUCGAUUUGUUUCUCCGAUUUCAAGCCAUGGAUUUCGAAAAUCAUGAUAACGUGAAGAAUAUGGCUAAGGAUGUUGAAGUGAAAGGAUUCAACCCAGGAUUAAUUGUCUUAAUAGUUGUCGGUGGGCUUCUGUUGACAUUCCUCAUUGGGAACUACUUGCUUUACAUGUAUGCACAGAAAACCCUUCCUCCAAAGAAAAAGAAGCCAGUUUCCAAGAAGAAGAUGAAGAAGGAAAGACUGAAGCAAGGUGUUUCCGCACCUGGAGAAUAGAUGCCCUAAACACACUGCGGUUAAUUCCCUUGUUCAUCUCGAGUAAACUAUGUGAGUUCAUAUUUAGCGGCGUUGUCAAACAGAUGGUUGGACUUGUUAUCAUUUUCAAUUUCCCAUCAUCAUAGUUAGAGCUCAACUUUAGAACUUGUUAAUGUGUAGAAUUUUCCCCUCUUAUUUUCAUAUUAGCUGACGGAGAAGUUGUUUUGCAAGCUACUGAUUUCUCUAUUCUCUUCCCAUAGAACCAUUUCCCCCUA